AUGCAGGCGUCGAGCUCCAGAUGUACGGCUAACGCUCUCCGUUCCUCUACUUUAAUAUCACGUGCUCCUACUCUCUCUCGACACCGGUCUACCACCAGCAACGGCAGCACAUCAUGGCCAUCCAAAUCUACUUCGGCAUCUUCCGACGCGCCGUCCUCGGGCGCUAAGGGCCAAGAGAGGCGUCCGCGCGACUUCCGCAACGCUAGACCAAAGACUGGGCCGAAGCGUGCGAAUACUCAGCGCGGCGAGCACAUCGUUGGCCUCUCUCUCGCGGGCCGGCCGCGUCCUGCUCGCGACGCGCGCGGUCGUCACAUCGCCGCUGCCGUUCAGGAGUUGAGCUAUAUCCAGGAUAUUCUCCAGGCGCCUCCGUGGUCCAAGCACGUGCCAGCCGAGUUUGAUACGGCUCAACUGGAUGUGGAGGGUGACGACGGAGAGGAUGUAGCGAAGAGAGUUGGUUAUCAGGUGGACCCAGGAUGUAUGAUUGAGAUCACCGGUAUUGAGCCCACGUUGGCCGUUGUGAUCAAGCACAUACAUGACGAAAAGGGCAUGCGCACAGUGUACUUGGACCAGAUGGGUUCAAUACAUUUCCAGUCGCUUGCCGGCAUAACGUUCGUCUACCCGUCCUUCAUCGACUCGGCCGCGGUGUCACGUAUCGGCGCGAGCGUUGCUCCCACAAGUCGCAAUGAGCUUCUGGCGCGCGUGGCCAUCGUACGGAAGAUGCGAGACUUUGCACGAGCACGCGAAAACGUUGCUCAUGGACUCGCGCUGCCAAUGGCAGGAAUCUACGAAAGCGUUGCACCGAAGGACCCGGAGGAGUGGGGAGAGAUCUCGACGAUUGAUGCGUUGAAGGCCAUGGACCUCAACUGGAAGAAUAAACUCUUGGAGUUCGCGACGCAGCGGUUGUUGCUCGAGCGAGAUGCCGAGUUCAUCCCGCACCAAACCGCUUUUCUGGCUUCGCAUACGUUCCACGUGCGCCCGCGCGCACAGGUUGAGCGGCUACGCAAGCUCCGGGCGCGCGUUCUGGAGGACCCUCAACUCUGGGAGAAGUUCGGUGCUCGCGCACGACGAGUCAUCAAGAUGCUCCGCCAACGAAGCGCAGGCUCGGAGAACGAGCCACCGACGCGAAAGGACGCGAAAGAUAUCACCUGGACUGAAGACGACGAACUUAUCAUCGGUGUUCUUCUUGACUCUCUCCACAUUCAGCGGUACGAGGUCACGAAGUCCUACCAAGACAUCCGUUGUGCGGCCGUUAAAGCCGUCGAUUUCUCAGGGCCUGGGUGGAGCGGCCAUGGCGCUAUCGGUCUGGACGAACAUCGACAACUCCUUGUUGAUCUUGGUGUACUCGCACCCUGGCAAGACACGGUGUCCAGGAGAUGGGACGUCGUGACGCGCGACGCGGGUGGGCGGCCCGGCGCUCGUGAUGGACUGGCGGCCACUAUCCCACGGCCCGCGCGUAGGAGCAAACUCUCGCCUGAGAAGUUGUAUGCUCAGGACCCCAGUGCGGCAGUGCGCCACGACUUUGGCGACACACCCGUCUAUGUCAUAGACGACUAUGGCGCACAGGAGUUGGAUGACGGGCUAAGCAUCGAGAGGGACGCAGAGAAGAAAGACCAUCUCUGGUUGCAUGUGCAUAUCGCCGACCCGACGCAACUCAUCCACCCUGAUCAUGUAUACGCGAGGGCGGCUGCGAGAGUUGAGACGUCGCUAUACUUCCAUACGCGCAUGCAACCUCUCCUGCCCGCGUCGUUCCUCGAACAGCAUCCUGUCUCCCUUGGCUCAGGGAAUGGAGGGCCCGAGAACACCCUGACAUUCUCCGCGCUGAUCUCACCGGAGGGCAAUAUCGUGGACCAUACUGUGCGCGCUGGGACGAUACGCAAUGUGCAGACGCUACGGUACGACGACGUCGACGCCGUCAUGGGCUGGACCAAUCCGUCAACAGCCCCCACCUAUCCAUUCGGUCGCCCAGAAACGCAAGACGUCUCCUCGCCACUCGAGCUCAGCCCGCGCGCCCGCGACGACCUUUCCCUCCUGCACGAAAUGGAAGCGCGGAUGGGGCUCGCACGUACUCGAUCACCAACAUUUGAUGCGUAUCCUCCCGGUGUGAACAUCCGCGUCUCGCCAUCUCCGCUUCCGCCGAGCGCCGAGUACACCAAACAUCCUGCCAUCUUCCGUGGAUUCCCUACCACGACAUGGGUGACGGGAGGUACAGGAGGUGGAUCGAGUGCUGAUGCGCGGGGCGUCAUCGCAGCUGCUGCGAAGAUCGCUUGCACCGUUUCGUCACUGUUCGCCACAGCUCGAGAUAUCCCUCUCGUUCGUCGUGCGCUGAAGCCACCACGCGAGCGCAAUCCGGGCGACAUCACUCGUCUGCUUGCUAUGCGCGACAACCGUGGAUCUAUACCCUGGAAGGAGUUCUAUACUUCUGGGACGGUGUUCAGGCCCGCAUACGCCACGCUUUCUCCCGAUGCGCAUUUCACUCUCGGUAUACCGCAGGGUACGGGCUACGCGCGAGUGACGAGUCCGUUGAGGCGAUACGAGGAUAUGCUUGCGCAUUGGCAGCUCAAGCACGCGCUACUCCGUCCGGGGGCUAAACCGCUCUUCAGCAAGCAGGACCUGCAGAUGACAAUCGAUCAUCCUUCUUCGUUACUGGCCGCACGCAACGCGGAUAGGCUGCAUGACCGCGAAUGGAGUGCGAUGUUGGUGCACCGCUACAUGCAGGCGCACCCACAACUCGUAGGAGGCGACGGCGAUGGACCAUUGCAGAGUCUCGAUGCGGUUGUGACGAGCUCUAGAGGGUCGGACAUGCCGGGCUGGAGUAGGGUCAAAGCGCUUGUGCCCAAGCUGGGCAUUGAGGUGGCGAUCAUGUUGAUGGAGGUGGACGGGGACGAAAGGGACCUGCCGCUUGGGAGUACGUGGAGGGUAGAUGUCGUUGGCGUGGAUAUAGCUGGACGUGGGCGGGUUAGGGUUGCGUUGCGGGGCGAGAAGGGAGUCUAG